AUGCGUUGGACAAAAACUAUGAACGAAAACGCAUUACGGGCGUACUAUAAGGCGAAAGGGGAAGAAACUGCGGGGAUAGCAUAUAGGGCUUGGAUGCAUUGCUUUUUUGCUGAGCUGGAGCCGUCUAUUCCCGUCACGGAACUAAACCCGGCAAACCGAGUUCGGUACAUCAUGCGCUCGAAAAUAUUUGAUGAUGACGAACUUGAACGACAACGACGAGCGGCUAUUCCUUCAUCAGAUGAAUCGGCUAUGGCUGGGGACACGGCUUCUCAGGUGACAGACCAGCAUCCACACGUGGAAGCCGCCAUGGAUCUUCCAGAUGUGGUUAAUUCUGAUGAUAAUGAAAUAGUUUCCCACGAACUAGAGCAAAUUAGGAACAUAUUGCAAGAGGCGAUUUUGGAAACGCGCACUAUGCCUCUCGAAAAUCGACCGCGACUUCCUCGCAUACCCCUAAGCAAGCAAAAUCGGGCUAUCAUGAGGGCUCUUAACCCAAUGCUGGUGACCUAUUUGGAAGCCAGCCGGGACCUUAGAGAGACGGACUCAAUUAUUUUUGGCGCCGCAGUGGCAGUUUGCCGUAUCAUUGGCGCCAAACUUCCCAUGGCUGGACGCGCUACUAGACGAAGCAGCGCCAUCCCAGUCUGGAGAAAAAAAUUGCGGACCGUAUCCCAAAGGCAAGGGCCCUUAUCGGAAGACUGA